AUGCCCUCCAGCAUCACACAGCCAUCGCCUGCCCCUACCUUCAAUCCUGUGAAUGGCAUGGCGUUGGUGCGAGCACCAGACAUGGAACCUGCUGUGGCGGUUUUCGGUCCGUCGGAUAUUGCCAGAAACUUUGGCGAAGUCUUGCACAUGACCGAAACGUAUGCCUAUGCGCACGUCAACACACCGAGCACUCAGAAGGACAACGCGAUGCCUCAAGAGGUGAAACAGCGGCUCCUGAACGCGGCGUCGACCACAUCCGCGUUCCAGUUCAUGCAAACUCCAUUCACUCGCUACAUGCUUGUGAACAAGGUCAUGCUGCAAUUCGUCAUCCGGACCGUUCUGAAGCACGACACGUUUGCUGGCUUCGACCCUCGUGUUGACCAGGCGAUGGAGAAUUGCAAGAACCAGAUGUACCAGACUACGCCAGCGCAAGUCAAGUACCAGCUUCUUGCGACUAUGGCGGAACAAGUCAGAACCAUCAAGGCGCACCCCAACUUCCCGGCAUUCGUCCAAAGCAUUGCUCGCAGCCGCGGCAACGAGCUAUGGGGCAUCCUCAAACCGAUGAUGCACCAGAAGACGUCUCGCGACUGGGAGGACUUGUACGAACUGAUGCUCAAGGCCCACGAGCUCGCUGAGAUGAUGUACUCUGGCUCCGAGGAGUACAAGUUCGACUUUCCAGUCAUGGGCCAGCGGUUUCAGCAGGCGAUCAUGGAGCCGCGCGACCCUUACCGAAACAUCCUGACUCCUGACCAACUCGAGCAAUUGGGAGCCACCGUCAGACUUGGGAUGACUCCGCUCAUCACUUCCCGCACUAGCACCGCGGCUGGAUACGUCAACUCGACCCAGGUCAUGAAGGCAUUCGUGUUGUUGAAGACGGAUAGGUGA